AGGAAAAGAAUCCAAGCGGACCAACACCAACCCUAGUCCGGUCCACGUCGCGGCCGUCUCUUUACCUCUCCCUCCAUUUUUUCUAUUCCCCAAUCUGCUUCGCCUUGGGCGCCCCCUCCUCGUUCCCGACUACACCGCGGCGGCGACGACAAGCUGUGGAAGGAGCUUCUUGACCCGCGCGUUGCCUCACCUCUCUGUCCACUCGGAAGCAGCACCCUGGAUCAGUGGUCACGGCUUCUUUACCGCUCUUCGUUGGCUUGGUUAUAUUUUGACAAACACGUAAUUAUCAACAUAGAUGGAAGAAAUUUCAGUUCCUGGCAAGCGGAAGCUAUUAGUGCAAGAAUCUGAUAACAAUUAUGCAUCUGCCAAUGAGACAACGAACUCUGAACCCAUUCCAAAGCGAAGGAGCCUUGCUCGUACAUGUAUUCAUGAAGUUGCAGUGCCAAAAGGUUAUACUUCUCCAACCGAUGAAUCCACUUAUGGAACUCUUUCAGACCCUGUGUACAAUGGCAAUAUGGCAAAGACCUAUCCAUUUGAAUUAGAUCCUUUCCAAAGAGUUUCGGUUGCUUGCCUGGAGAGGAAGGAAUCAGUGUUAGUCUCAGCACACACAUCUGCAGGUAAGACUGCUGUGGCUGAGUAUGCCAUUGCAAUGUCAUUCAGAGACAAACAAAGGGUCAUAUACACCUCACCGCUAAAGGCUCUGAGCAACCAGAAGUACAGGGAGCUCAGCCAGGAGUUUUCUGAUGUUGGGCUAAUGACUGGUGAUGUUACAAUUGCACCAAAUGCAAGUUGCUUGGUCAUGACAACAGAAAUUUUGAGGGGUAUGUUGUUCAGGGGCUCUGAGGUGAUAAAGGAAGUAGCGUGGGUUAUCUUUGAUGAAAUUCACUAUAUGAAAGAUCGUGAGAGGGGAGUUGUAUGGGAAGAGAGUAUAAUAUUCCUGCCACCAGCCAUUAAGAUGGUUUUUCUUUCAGCGACAAUGUCUAAUGCCACAGAGUUUGCAGAGUGGAUAUGCAACUUACAUAAGCAGCCAUGUCAUGUUGUGUACACUGACUACAGACCCACUCCAUUGCAACAUUACAUGUUUCCAUUGGGUGGCUCAGGUCUUUAUCUCGUUGUUGAUGAGAAUGAGCAAUUUAAAGAAGAUAAUUUCAUGAAGUUGCAGGAGACAUUCACUAAAACAAGAAAACAGUCAAGUGGAAAUAAGGGCGGUAUGAAGGUGAGUGCUAGAAUUGCAAAAGGUGGAACUGCAUCUGGUGUUUCUGAUAUAUAUAAGAUUGUGAAGAUGAUAAUGGAAAGAAAGUUUCAACCAGUUAUUGUUUUCAGUUUCAGUAGAAGGGAAUGCGAACACAAUGCUAUGUCUAUGUCUAAACUAGAUUUCAACAGCGAAGAAGAAAAAGAUGCUGUUGAACAAGUUUUCCGUAAUGCAAUCAUUUGCUUGAGUGAAGAAGAUAGGUCUUUGCCUGCAAUAGAAUUAAUGCUGCCACUACUGAAGCGUGGUAUAGCAGUGCAUCAUUCUGGACUUCUUCCGAUAAUCAAGGAAUUGGUGGAGCUUCUUUUCCAAGAAGGACUUGUUAAAGCUCUUUUUGCUACUGAAACAUUUGCUAUGGGAUUAAAUAUGCCUGCCAAAACAGUUGUCUUUACAUCUGUUAAGAAAUGGGACGGUGAUGCCAAUCGUUACAUUGGAUCAGGUGAAUAUAUACAGAUGAGUGGAAGAGCUGGACGCCGUGGCAAAGAUGAGCGUGGUAUCUGUGUGAUAAUGAUUGAUGAAGAGAUGGAAAUGAAAAUUCUCAAGGAAAUGGUUUUGGGUAAACCUGCUCCCCUUGUCAGUACUUUCAGAUUGAGCUAUUACUCAAUUCUGAAUUUGAUGAGCCGUGCAGAAGGUCAAUUUACAGCUGAGCAUGUUAUUAAAAAUUCCUUUCACCAAUUUCAGUAUGAGAAGGCAUUACCUGAGGUUGGCCAAAGGAUUUCGACGUUGGAGCAGGAAGUUGCUUUGCUUGAUUCUUCUGGAGAAGCCGAACUUACUGAAUAUCACAAAAUGGAGCUUGAGUUAGCUCAACUUGAAAAGAAGAUCAUGUCUGAGAUAACCAGACCUGAAAAGAUUCUUAUGUAUUUGGUACCUGGUAGGCUGGUCAAAGUACGAGAUGGUGGAAAUGAUUGGGGUUGGGGAGUGGUGGUAAAUGUAGUGAAAAAACCAUCCACUGGAUCAAGUUCUUUGCCUGCUAGUUUGGCUUCCAUCCGAAGUAGUAGUGCAUACAUUGUUGACACUUUACUGCACUGCUCUCCUGGUUUAAGUGAAAGUGGCUCACGUCAAAAGCCAUGCCCACCUCGUCCUGGUGAAAAGGGUGAGAUGCAUGUGGUUCCAGUUCCAUUGCCUCUGAUCUCUGGUCUUAGCAGUAUAAGGAUUGCAAUUCCUUCUGACCUACGACCCGCAGAAGCAAGACAAAACAUUCUUCUUGCUCUUCAAGAGCUAGGAAAUCGAUAUCCACAAGGACUACCUAAGCUGCAUCCAGUAAAGGAUAUGGGAAUCAAUGAACCUGAACUUGUUAACUUGGUUAAUCAAAUUGAAGAGCUUGAGCACAAAAUAUUUGCUCACCCAUUGCGUAAAUCUGGUCAAACUGAGUCGCAGUUCAAGUCCUACCAAAGAAAAGCUGAGGUGAAUCAUGAAAUACAACAGCUCAAGUCGAAAAUGCGCGAAUCACAACUGAAAAAAUUUCGUGAUGAGCUAAAGAAUCGUUCUAGAGUUUUGAAGAUGCUCGGUCAUAUUGAUGCUGAUGGUGUUCUUCAGUUAAAAGGCCGUGCGGCCUGUUUAAUAGACACUGGUGAUGAACUCCUUGUCACUGAACUGAUGUUCAACGGUACGUUCAAUGAUCUCGAUCAUCACCAAGUAACUGCCCUUGCGAGCUGUUUUAUUCAAUGUGAUAAAUCAAAUGAAGAAAUACGACUGAGGAAGGAACUGGCCAAGCCUUUACAGCAACUCCAGGAUAGUGCAAGGAGAAUUGCACAGAUACAACGUGAAUGCAAAUUGGACAUUGACGUGGAAGAGUACGUGGAAUCAACUUCUCGGCCGUAUUUGAUGGACGUCAUAUAUUGUUGGUCAAAGGGCGCAUCAUUUGCUGAGGUGAUUGAGAUGACUGAUAUUUUCGAAGGCAGCAUAAUACGACUUGCCAGACGAUUGGGUGAAUUUUUGAAUCAGCUUGCAACUGCUGCUCACGCCGUCGGAGAGGCGACGUUGGAGAAGAAGUUUCAAGCUGGAAGUGAGACUCUCCGACGAGGUAUAAUGUUCGCCAACUCACUUUACUUGUAAACGGUACGGCAGUAUGUUUGGCUAGGGAUCGUUUCUCUGGCAAAUAAACUCUUUGAAUUUGGUACAAUUAGAAGCAGACAGCAAGCAACGAUGAUCAUUCGGUUCUUAUUUUUUGGAAAUUUAUUGCAAAUAUUAAUACGGUUACCAGUGAUCUUUGUUUUA